AUUCUUGUUUCCCCAUCUCCAGUCGCUCUUUUAGCAGCCGUUCAUUUCCAAAAGACCAAAUACAGUCCUUACCGAAGGUCGCCACAUAAUCGUAAUCCAACGACGAAAAAUCUUUUACUCCAAACCCGCAAAAAUGAAGUUCACCGGUCUCACCUUUGUCGUCGCCGCCCUGGCUGGCCUUGCCGCUGCUGCCCCGUCCCCCAUUGUGAACGGAAAGCAGGCCUGCGGUGCCAUGACCAAGGGCUUUGCCAGCUGUCCCUUUGGCGAGAUUUGCGUUCUUGCUUCUGGAGCUGAUUCUGAUUCUGCUACUGGAUUCUGCCAGUCUCGCUAAGAGAUUAAUGGCUUGAGAGGAUCGAGAGGAGGGUUCGUUGUAAUGGAUUGAUGGAGAUGAGUUUAUUGAAUUAAAGCGAUUAUAAAUACUACGACGAUCAAAUAUAAUACGACUUGUUCCGCGCAAGUCCAUUUCGGAGAAAC